UGGAGAUACGGAGAUGAAGGAAAGGGAUAGCCUACUUUCUGGAUCCGUGAGUUUUGGGGAGAUCCCCCCUUUCCCAAUUUCAUUUCGUUUUCAGUUCUCUCUGUUGAUGACUAGCGUGGAAGUCGUGGUCCGUGAAAGUCCAUUUGAGAUUCAGCUCUAUGCAUAUUACAUUAUGAUGAAUGAUACAUGCUGGUUAGCUGACAGGUACUCAGAACCUUUGCUGCAGCCGAUUUGGGAUCACAUGCGCGAGAGACAGGUAUUAUUCCAGUCACCUGUGUUGGCCGCAUGCAUCGCGUUUUCUGUCCAUGUUCUUUUUUGCGUCCCUUACUUGGUGUUUGAUUUACUCGGAGACCGUUUCCAAUGGAUUCAUUACUACAGGAUCAAGAGUAAGAUUUACGAACCAUUUGACCAAUGGAUAUGGCUGGAUUGCCUUGGAAGAAUAGUCUUCAAGUACCUGACUGGUGUUCUGCCAUCUAUUGCACUGUUUCUAAGCCUCCGACAAACUGAUUUACCUGAGAAGGCGCCGUCUUGCCUCCUCGCUCUUGCAGAAAUACUACUGUGCCUACUUAUGUUUGACACAUUUUUCUACAUAUGGCAUUUGUUAAUGCACAGGGUUCCUUGGCUGUUCCAGAAGGUCCACCGCACACAUCACCUUAACCACAGCAUGUUCGCCCUGGCUGCUCAGGAUGCUAGCAUAGCCGAGUUAGUCUCCCUCCAGAUCAUGGCGCUGGUCAGUGCGGCACUGGUGCACUGCCAUCCACUGAGUGAGGCCCUCUUUCACCUGCUCAACACCUAUCUUGCCAUUGAUGACCAUUGUGGUUAUGACCUGCCAUGGGCACUCCACCACCUGCUCCCAUGUUUUAGUGGUGCACGGUAUCACCAGGCCCAUCACCAACGGUACAAAGGUAACUAUGCCCCAUACUUCAGACACUGGGACUGGAUUUUUGGGACAGUAUUGACGGAAGACACUACUAGACAGGAAUAUGAGGCUAAUGUCCUCAAACAUGAUGGAGAGUUGCAUCCCAGUUUCACGGCCCACUUGUUCCCAAGAAAGGACCCAUGAGAUGUGGCGAGAACCUGAGCUUGUGUGAUAGAGAUAAAGGUUUGGUACUCAACGACAUAUCCUGACUCCAAGAAAGAGCAUUGUUCUCUGAACCUGACUGCCUUUUUCUGAGUCCCAAGUUCACUCAAACAACAAGAACAACUUUCUGUGUUUACCACCAGUGAUGCAGUGACGUGUUACUUCUGACCACUUUGUAAUCUGACCCGAGCAUCAAUCGCCUGUGCAUCUGAAGUGAGAAUAUAGCUCACACACGACAGAGAGGGAGGGUGCGUGUGUGUCUGAAGCGCAUCCAAGACAGAGAGCAUCCUGAUUGACCUGUUUCGCUAAAUCAACCAAUCAGAUGACUUUAGCA